CAAAUUUUUGCCUAUAAUUUUCUGCCUUCUUUCUCAGAGGACAAUGGUCAGGAAAACCUGACUGAGCCAAGGCUCCAGAAAGCUGUAGAUCUCCCACAGAUCCUGCACCAUACCUGUUAUCCACUUGAAAAUGUCCCAUGUGUGCUGGAGAGUCUCUUAGCCUUAGAGUUAGGCAACACAGUUCUACUCCCUCAUUUCACAUCUGAAAUUACAAGUGAUAAAGGUGAGGAUGUCCAACUCUGAGCUCCUCAAUUAAGUAGGAAGAGGCUUGAGGCACACCACCCACUGUACAAUCACAGAGAGUUUGCACAGGAAGAGAAGAAAAAGUGCCACCUCUGGAGGUGCUUCACAAUUUGCUCCCAGCAGUGUUGGCAGGAGACACUGGACUUUAAUGUGAAGAGGUCGCAGAGGCAAGGAGUUUUGGGGGAGGAAACAUACAUGUGUACAGUGACUACCCUGACGUAGAAAAGAGUCAGUGCUCCAACCUAGAGCAACGUCUUUUCCUCUGAAUGCAUCAAGGUGAGAAGGUUUUCAUAUGAGAGAAUUUGCAGAUGAAUUUGUAGAAAGAUGUGUUCUUCUACUGAGAAAGGUCCCAGAAGACUGAUAUUUCUCCUGACACACAUAGGCGUUCUCAUUACUCAGAUUAAAAAAAGCAGUUUAGGAAGUCCAUGCACUACAGAGCUUAACACAUCACCUGCCCGGCAGGGACAGAGGACCGUGGCUGCCCUGACCCUGCUCUGCUGAGCUCCCCGCUCUGCACCACCAUCCUGGGCAAUGGUGAUGGGACAGGAGAAGCCAGAGCAGGAAUGCUGGCAGCGACCAGACAGAGGGCACUCAACAAAUCACAGCACUGCCCACUGCAGAAAAACACCUGCUUUGCUUGUGGCUCCUGGCACAGCUCUUCCCAUUCAAAUCUCCAAGGCUGACACUGACACCAGGGAAGAGAAUACGCGGCACAUUUGCAUUCCUGCACCUGCCCCGCUCGCAGCAGGAGCAGCGCCAACAGCCCCUCCACCACCGCCCCUAUAAAGCUCCCGUUUCCAUAUGUGCCAUUCAGGAACAGCAGCUGCCAACCUGCACCAAGCCCUGGGGCAAGAGCCGACUUUUCCGGCACAGCACCGCUCCCCAUCUUGGAGGAUGGAAGCCUGUUACCCUCAGGUUAAAUCCAAUGUCACUUCACACAACGCCAUGGCUGUGGUCAUCAUCUCUCUUCAGGCAUUUGCUGGCCUGUGGAUAAACGUUUUCAUUGUUUCUGUGCUUUGCGUUGCUUUGGUGAAAAAGAAAACCUUUAACUCCAAUGAGAAGAUCUUGCUGUUUCUGGGGUGCUCCAGGUUUGGGUAUUUCUGCUUUGUAUGGCCAGUCACCUUUUUCUUAGUACUUUAUCCCUGGCUCUUUUAUAUUCACUUCUUAUUCCAGGUACUUAAUGCUAUUCAUGACUUCUUAAAUUUUUCCAAUUUGUGGGUUUCAUCCUGUCUUUCCAUAUUUUAUUGCAUAAAAAUUGCAGACUUCAGGUACAGCUUCUUCACCUUCCUGAAAGCAAACAUCGACAGGAUCGUGCCAUGGCUGUUGAUGGGCUCAGCACUUUCAUCCCUGAUCAUCGCCAUCGUCUUCUACAAGAUCGUUGAUGAACUUCCAUAUAACAACCUCAAUGCCACCAGCCUAGGGAAUUUCGGAAAAAUAAAUGUUAAAACGGAUGCACCAUUUGUCCAUAUUUUUUUCAUCAGUGUCUUCGGAUAUGCCACGGCAUUCCUGGCAGUCCUCUUCUCUGCCCUUCCCCUCCUCUUUUCUCUCUGGAGACACAAAUGCAGAAUGCAGGCAAACUCAGUGAGGGAUGUCAAUGUGGAAGCUCAUAUCAAAGCCAUGAAAUCCAUUCUGUCUUUCUUUUUCCUUUACAGCAUUAACUUUAUAGGUUCAAUCUUGUCAUUGAUUUAUUUUUCGGCAGCGGAGAACCCUAUGUCGCUACUCGUUUUUGUAUUUGAGCUCAAUUUUCCAACUGUCCAUUCCCUUGUUCUGAUUUUCAGCAAUCCCAAACUGGAAAAGACACUGUUAAGGACUCUGCUCUGGGUGAAGUGCAAGGUUUGUGGAAGGUAGGAACUGUAAGAAAAGCUGGAGACCAUUAAAAACAUUAAUGUUUCAUAAUACAAAAAAAGGUAAAUUAAUAUCUAAUGCAACUCUCCAGCCAGAAGAGAUGAUUCAGGUGUUAUAUCUUCACCAACUAAGUUAAGAUAACUUCUUUUGAAUUAUUUUAUUUGUUAUUGUAGUAUUAGCAUUUAAAUUAGAGAAUUCUUAGAGUUAUGUAAUUCAUAUCUGGUUCAUGGGCACAUGGCAAAUCAGGAAUAGAGAUUCUGCAGACUUUCUAAAAGUGCUUUGGUGUUUGCAGAUCAAAACCACUUCGCUAAACACCAUGUUAAUAUCUGUUGUGAUUUUACAUUCAUUUCUGCUGUCGUUGUGUGCUUUGCAACAUCAGUCACUGUAUCCCCAGCUUGCUCUGCUUCAUCAUUCCGGUGGGAAUCUGUCACUCAUUCACCGGAGGUGGUCACUGAAUUAUGAACAGCAACACAGAAAUGGUCUCGGGUGGACAACUCGGGGUGAGACCCCACUCCCCACCCGGCCUUACGUGUCCUCCCUCUGACCACUUCGCUGAAAAACAUCAUUUUCCCUCCUGUGUGCAACUGCCAACUCAGCCCAGCAGUGGUGUUGGUGGCUUCUCUGGGAAAAGAUGUUCAAGCAUGUGUAAAAGCACUGUUUGACAGUGGGAGAUGAUGAAGCUUGUGAGAAACCAUCCUGCAACAACCAAAGUCACAGAAGGAAGAGCAAGAGAUGUUCCAGAUGCUGGAUCAGGGACUUACCUGCAGCCCACGGAGGACCAAUGUGGAGCAGAUAUCCUCAGUGUAGCCUGCAGAGGACCCCAUGCUGAGCAGCUAGACAGGACCUGAAGGACGGUAGCCAACGGAAACACCACACCAGAACAGGCUUCUCCUGAAGGAUUGUUUCUCACAGGAAGGAUCCCACAGCUGAACAGGUGACAGUGUGACGAGGAAGGAGAGACAAAGACAAUGGACAGACCGUAUGCUUGAUGCUCCAUGCCCCUGCACUGCUUGAGGGAUGGAUUUAGUGGAGUUGGGAAUGAAAAAGGGAAGUUGAUCCUGGGACGAAGGGGAGGUGAAGGGAAAAUGUCUUAGUCUGGUCUUCGCUCCUUACCAUUCUGCUCUAUUUU